UUAAAAUUAGAACGAGAAACGCAGCAGAGAAGGGAUUCAAGACAAAGCACGGUUGAUUAUUUAUCUUCUCCAAUCGUCCAAAUUCAAACCCCAAACCCUAAUUGCUUUUGAUCCCAAAUUGACCCUUUUAUUGAAUUCCAAGUUUAUUGCCUAAAAUGGAGGUGAAGCUAUGGAACGACAAGCGCGAGAGGGAGAUGUACGAAAAUUUUGCAGAGCUAUAUGCGAUUAUCAAAGCAACAGAGAAACUCGAGAAAGCUUAUGUGAGGGAUAUCGUUUCAUCGUCUGAGUAUGAAACCGAGUGCCAAAAGCUGAUUGCUCAUUUCAAAACCUUGGCUUUUACGCUCAAAGACACGGUCCCCAGCAUCGAGCGGUUUGCGGAUACGUAUAAAAUGGACUGCCCGGCCGCCAUUAACCGUCUCGUGACCUCCGGGGUGCCUGCUACCGUCGAGCACCGAGCUGCAGCAUCCGUGUCUGCUACUACCUCUGCUGCCAUUGUGGCCGAAUGCGUGCAGAAUUUUAUUACGGCCAUGGACUCGUUGAAACUCAAUAUGGUGGCAGUUGAUCAGGUGUACCCUUUGUUGUCCGACCUAUCAGCAUCUCUUAAUAAACUCGGUAUUUUGCCACCAGACUUCGAGGGUAAAACAAAGAUGAGGGAAUGGAUCUCGCGGCUGUCGAAGAUGGGGGCGGCUGAUGAGUUAACCGAGCAGCAAGCUAGGCAGCUCCACUUUGACUUGGAAUCUUCAUACAAUUCAUUCAUGGCUGCUUUGCCUAAUGCUGGUACUUGAGGUGAUCCGGUAUUCCCUUCAUUUAGCUCUGCAAACUGGUAUAUUUUAAUUUGGUACUUGGAAUCUUCAUAAAUUUAGGGAAUCAUUGGAUUGUUAAGCUCACUAUGCCUAUUAAUGUGGUGAAUACGGAGAAAAUGAUGUAUGUUGUCAUUCUAUGAGAAUACAUUUGUGCUUUGGUUUGGUUUUAUUGUAUGGGAAUAAUUUUGUAUGUUUUCAAUGCAGUUUCAUGUAAUUUUGCAUUUA